AAACAAUCAAACUUUAUCGUAAGUAUUUACAUAAAUAAAAACAAAGAUGUCUUCUUUUCGAAAAUAUCAGGUGAAUGAGAUCAAAAGCGAUACCAAAAAAUUUCCUUGGAAAUCUUUCUUCAAACAUAUUUUAACCGGUUAUUUAAUUGGAUUGUCAAUCACCUUAAUUUGGUUCCUGUAUCAUUUUUCUGAACUUCCAUGUCUGCAAAGAAAAUCAACUCUUUUAUUACUUGGACUGCUUUUAUUGUAUGGGUUUCUGUUGGCAUUUAGCAAAAAUAUCAGAUGCAUUUCAACACUCAUUUUACCAAUUCUAUUUAGUUCAAAAGGUCGAUCAGUUUUAGUUGCCUCGGCAAUUGUCUUAGCAGCAACAGGACCAACUGUCAAUAUUCUAAACAAUGUUGAUAUUCUUAUGGAAAGUAUUUCGUGUGGUCAAGAACAAUUAAAAGGAGCUUUGGGAAAAAUGUUGGAUUUGGUUAAAAGACCAUUGGUAACUGUGAAGAAUGCAAUUAAAAUUUCUAUGGCUGAAAUAAAAAAGGUUCUGAAGAGAGUUGAAGAAGUUCUGAUACAUAUUCGAAGUCUUAUUACCGAUAUUUUGGAAGCAAUUAAAAAGGCUUUUGAUUGGCUGGGCAAUGUUGUGAGUAUGUGCAACAAGGAAAUAGGCACUCCAUUUGAUCGUUGCAUCAAAAUUGCAGACGAUGCAAUGACAGAUUGUAAGGAACAGAUGGGUAUUUUGGAUGAUUUAUGCAAUGUGACAGAAAUAUUUCGUGGUCUUUGCUAUAGUGUCAAAUUCAUUGAUGUUAUUUGUGAGUUGAUGGAUUUUGUAAGUGACUCAAUUAUUGCAACAGUAACAGAAAAACUAAAACAGUUCAACGAUGACAUCAAGCGAUUGUUUUAUGUUUCAAUAAAGUUCGAUCAUGAAUUCAAUUUCAAGACAGUAGCAACAAAGAAUUUGACAGAUGUGGGCAACGAUAUUUUGUCGGAAAUAAACAAUCAAAUGAAUGAAUUCUUUGUGCUGUUUACUUGGACAGAGUUUGUUGGGAGUUUUAUGGUAUUUUUUGUGAUAUUGAAAGCACUUUUGUACAAAAACAAAUAUUUGACAAGCAAUCAUUUUGACAAUCAUUUCAUUGCAAAAGAUUUCAUUUCAUUAAACAAUCAAAGAGAAAAAAUGGGAUUGGAUGUGGUUUUACCAUUGACAAGAAAAGAACGCCGGAAAUAUGUUAUGAUAACAUCCCUGACAUUGGUUCAUGCAGAAAUAUUCAGUAUGUCACGUACGUUCUUAUUUCUUACGAUAUCAUCAGUUCAAUUGCUUUGCAUCUGCAUUGCCGACUAUUCGUUAUAUUGGUUGUUGUCUAUGAUUUAUUUCUAUGGCAAACAAGAAGCUGGUUUGGAAAUUCCGCCAUUCCUGACAGUAAAUAUUUCCGGUGGAGGUUUUACUGCAGAAAUAUUAAAAGGAAUAGUACACGCUUUUGAACCGUUGAGUGAGAAAUACGAAUUGGAUCCAAGACCGUGUUUGCCAAAACCAAUUGUGCCAAAUUAUAGACGAUAUUGGGAAAUCGUUGGUCUUAUUUUUAUAGCUUGGGUUUUUUUGAUCUUGCAGCCCUAUGGCUUAAGAUUAAGGCAGGUUAUAAUGUGUAUAUACUAUCCCGAUCGAUCUAGAGAGCGUGCGUUGUGGCUUUACAAUGAAAUAUUAUUGCGAAGAACUAGUUUCAUAAAAUUCGCUAGACGUCAAGCAAGAAGAAGUAUACUUAAGGAUAGUAAUGUUAAAGAUUAUUCUCUUCUAGAUUGGAUAAGGUCAAGAACUAAUCAGUAUUGGAUCUUUCGAAAAAUAUUUGGUUCUGGGAAGUUAAAAGCUUGCAACAUAUGUGGAACUCCCUUGAAAGGGGAAGAAUCAUCUGUCAACUGUCAACAAAUCGGUUGCAGUGGAAUGUAUUGUGCUGAAUGUUUUGGUGAAAUGAAUAAUAUUUGUUGUUUAUGUCAAAAACCAGUUGAUUACAAUGAUCUGAGUGACAUUUCUGAGGAAAAAGAUUCUUCGGAUGAAUUGGAAGAAAUACAAGUAAAAGGAGAAAAAUGAUUUAAAAACCUAACGCCCUGAAGGUAUGCAUCAUGAUCGCUUUACUAUAUCAAGACAUAUUUUCGAAUGCAUAUGCAAA